AUGAGGCUCCUCCUCCUCGCGCUCGCGGCGGCGGUCGCGCCCGCGGCUGGCCUCAACUUGCAGAUGCCCGCCCUCCGUGGGCAGACGGGCCUCACGGACGCGAGGUUUGGCGGCAAGAAGCUGGUCGUGGUGACGGGCACCUCGUCGGGCCUCGGCCGCAAGACGGCGGCGGCGCUGCUGCGCACGGGAAAGUACCACGUCGUCGGCGCCGUGCGCGACCUGGACAAGAUGGAGGUGGUGGCCGAGGUGGACGGCUUCGACCCGGACCUGUUCACGCCGAUGCACUGCGAGCUCAACUCGUUCGCCUCCGUGCGCGCCUUUGUCGACGAGCUCAAGGAGUGGAAGGCGGCCAAGCCCGUCGACCGACUCAUCUGCAACGCCGCCGUCUACCAGCCGUCGCUGCCGUACGCAAAGUGGUCCGAGGACGGGCACGAGCAGCAGAUGCAGAUCAACUACCUCUCGCACUUCCUCCUCACGCGCCCGGCGCGCGGCGGCGGCGUGUACCCGAUCGCAGACCUGAAGAAGCUCGACGGCCUCAAGCUCGGCGCCAAGAACCCGAUCUCGAUGUUCGACGGCUACAACUUCGACGGCGCCAAGGCGCAGUGGCCGUGGCAUACACUGCGAGCACACUUGGUGCAGCUGCGAGGUGGGGACCCUGCGCCUUCUCCCACCCCUUGUUUGGGGCUGGCGGGGAUGGCCGAGGCGGAUGAGACGGUCGGCGGCGGCACGGCUGGCGCGGCGGGGCAGGCUGCGAGCGGCGGUGCAGAGGCGGCGUUGGGCACCAACGCCGCCGUCUCGCAGCCCGCGAGCACGCCGGCGCGGACGCGGCGCGGAUUCCGGUUCUGGAGGAGGACGGGGGCGCCGGCGGAGGCGGAGGAGGCGGAGGAGGCACCGCUCGCCGCUGCUCGCCCCGAGGGUACGGCUGCUGCCGCGGUGGAGGCGCGCCUGAAGCAGGCGCUAGCGGGCGAUGGGCUGCCGCUCGAGGCGCCCGCCGCGUCGCGGGGAACGCCGGCCAACUAG